AUGGACGAUCGUUCACGUGUCGUGGCGCGACUGCCUUUCACAGUAGCUGGCCCUGCAAAAUUAACCACUGCUUCUGAAGUGGCGACUAUCAAAUAUGUGCAAAGCAAUACUAGUAUUCCAAUCCCUAAGAUACUCGACUGGAGCGACGACGCAGCGAACAGUGUUGGGAGUGAAUAUAUCAUCAUGGAACAUGUGGCGGGUAUUCAGCUACAGCAGAAGUGGCCCUAUAUGUCGGGUGAUCAAAAGGUUAGAUGCAUCGACGCCAUCUACAGAAAGCUCGGAGAGAUGGCCGACAUCGACUUUCCAGCCUAUGGAAGCUUAUAUUUUUCUACCACUUCAUUGGGCUCUUUCCCCAAGGUACCACUAAAUGGGGCCUAUUAUAUCGGACCUCAUUGUGGAACAAGAUAUUGGGAUUGUGGCGAGCGCAGAUACUACCACCAUGCUAUCCCCAACCAAGGCCCGUGGUUGACUAUGAAUGCAUACUCCGAUGGCCUUGUCGAUGCAGGUCUUUCAAGACUUCAACCCAAAGACUCUCAGCCCCCAAAUCGACCGUUCUAUCAUGGCUCGGUUCAGUCACAUUUAGACCUUCUCGAACGUGGUCGCACAGUGCUCAAUUCGAUGUCAGCGGAUACUCGAGUACAGGACGCAGCUGCGCCGACCAUUUUUCACCCGGACCUACAUAAAAGGAACAUCUUUGUUUCGGAUGAUGAUCCCUCGUUUAUAACUGGUAUUAUUGAUUGGCAGUCAUCCAGUAUAGAGCCAGCUUUCUGGUAUGCAGAUGAGAUUCCGGACUUCACAAGUUGCCCGUCUCCCACAUCGUCAGACGACAGCGAGCUAUGCAGAAAAACCUUCGAACUAUGUACUCAAUUCCUCACUCCAAAGCUCGCUCUUCCUAGAACAAUGGAUGAAAAUGGCGCCGUUGCUUUUCGGCAGGAGCUCAUUGAAACUUCUGACGAUUGGGAGGCACUCGGGUUUGUCGGCGCGUGUCCAUUUGUCCUACCAAGACCGGAAGAAAUGGCUAUGCAUCGGAAGGAAUACCGAUGUUUUGAGGCGGCCCAGAAUCUGAAGCGUGACUUGUCAAGCUUGCUUAACUGUGCAUCCGAUGGAUGGGUUCCCCCAGAGUCUUGGGAAACGGCAAAAGUAGAAAACAAGGCGAUGUUCAAUGGGAUGUUGCAAGCUGUACUGACAAAUGAAGAUCCUGACGAGGAUGAACCAAUUAGGGAUGAAAAAGACCUGAGAGAUAUCUGGCCAUUUGAUCUAGAGUAA